UUUUGCUAAACAUGUAUGAGUAGUUCUUCAAGUCCUCUAAAAUGACUGAAAGCGACACCGUGUAAUAUUUUCUUUAUUUUUAUAUCAGUCGUUGUUUAAAUAUUUUCGACUACCUAAUUUCAGGGCAUUUGAUAAUCAAUCCGUAUCCAGCUACCAACUGCUCCAACCAGAUACCUUUUCCUUUGAUCACUACCAUCAACUAGAAGACAUUUACCAGUGGCUGACGGAUUUGAACCAAAACAAAUCCCUCCCCGUACGUCACCUUUCAAUAGGAAAAUCAGCAGAUGGCAGGGACAUUUCAAUGUUCAAUAUUAACUUGAAUUCAAGUCCUCGCAAGCCAAAGGUAAUAGUAGAAGGAGGAAUUCAUGGACAUGAAUGGGCUCCAGUGGUGUUUGUGACCUACUUAAUCAACGAGUUGGCUCAAGCUGACACGUCGGAAGACUAUGAAUGGAAAAAAUUUGCGCAUAGCUUCGAUUGGUAUUUGAUACCAGUACUCAACCCUGAUGGAUAUGAUUAUACGCAUAAACAGGCAAGUAUACCAUCCUCAUUAUUUCCUUUAACCGUGAAGCGCCAGCCUCUACACACUCUCUACCAUCCCUCAGACCGCGUUAGGGCGUCCGCUAACUGGCGCGGUUGCACGCAGUGGGUGAGCGGGUCAGCGAAAAAUAAUAUAAGCGUCGCUAACUGGCGCGGACGCGUGUGACGGAUUUUACCUACACCGACACGCAAGUGCGUGUGCUCCCUACACCUGCGGCGGACUGACGCCUUACCCUUCAUAACAUAACGACUGUCAUAUUUGGCCAAUAUUUGCCUUUUUGAUACUGUAAGAGUUUCGUGUUACGUUCUUCAUGGAUAAGAAGCUUGCCACAGCUUCGGAGAGUGUACUUGUACUGUGUUAAUAGCCAAGGAUAUAAAUUACCCACGUGAUAAGACUACGAUGUUACCAUUAAAAGGUUCUUUUAUAAAGAAUUUAACUAAUCGUACAAACAUUUCCAGGAUCGCCUAUGGAAAAAGAAUAGGAACCAAAACGGUUCAGUCGAUUUGAAUCGAAAUUUCGACGAAAGUUUUGGAAGUAAGUUUUUCAUGCGAGUUAUUACUAUAUUUAUUUAAGAAGAAAUUAAAGGAAAAAGAGAAAGAUUAAGAGAGAAUUAAGAUAAAGAUUUUGAUAUAGAAGUAAGAAGUCUGAACUAAUAUGGCAGUGUUGUUUGCCCUUUAUUUCAGGCAUUAGAGUGUAAAAAAAAUAAUAGUCAUCUUUUUUAGAGUAUGG